ACUCAGAUUUUGGGCCAGUUAUGAUCGUUCGCUGCCUUUGCCUCUCUCAGCUCUACUCAAAUUAGUUGAUACGUAUAUGCAUAUGAGUGAGUGUGCGUGUGUGUGUUGUUUCUUUGUUUGCGUGUGUAGUGGUGGCUAUUUCAUAAGUUCAGCUUUUGGGGCAUUCAAUUUAUUUUCUGUUCCCUCUUUGUUUUGAUUCGUUGUUGAUAAUAAAAAUCAAAAAAAUUAAAAAAGCAAAAACAACAGCUGCACUCCGCCGUCAAAAUGGAAAUGGAAAUAAGAUAUACUCAGAUAUUGAACCAAUUUAUUUCAAUUUUAUUUUGCACCUCGACGGCAAAAGUUGUGCUCGCGUCUGAUCAGCUCAGAAUAGUCCGCAGACUGACGACGAUUGUGCCCGCGACUGUGUGUGUGUGCGCGUGCGUCUGAGUGUUAGUGUGUGUAUGUGCUGUUUAUAAGUGUGUAUCUAAACGGGAAAAAUUGUAGCAGCCACUGAACGAAAGCGCAAAAUGCAUUUGCGGUUUGUAAAGCUAAUUUGCUUUGUAGUGACUAGCACAUUGUGCUUUCAGUUUGUUUGCCCGGCCAAUGUCUGCCAUUGCAUACGGAUCAAGGAUUGUGUGCCCUUUGUCCGGCUCUUGCUCAACCACAAGCCCGAAGAGCGCGCCUCUGUAUUUUCUAUGGUCCACUCAGCUGGCUGUGGCUUUCAGGGCCUCGAUCCUCUUGCCUGCUGUCCCCAUCAUCAGGUGGCAUCUUCACACAUCGGUCGCAGUUUACGCUAUGCUCCAAGCGAACGCUGGAUCUGGGGCCCUUCAAGUAGCUCAAAGCGCAAUCCAAGAGUCAACGUCAACCUCAAUCGCCUUUUGGCGCAUGAGACUGAAAUGCGAUUACUCGAUUAUCGAGAUUUUGCGGCUCAACGCAAUUGUCCCCAACCACUUGAAGAGGACUAUGAUGAUCAUCCUUAUAAGUUUGGCAGCGGACAUCACUUUCACUUUCACAUUGAUCACGAUAUGGAGACGGCGAAGAAAGAGUUGCGUCCAAUACCUGCUGAUAGGCCGAUUGUCUUUCCCGGUGACCUGCGUUUCCAACAUGCAACGGGCUUGAACGAUCAGGUCGAACUCUUUGCCGAUGCAAGUGAGGAGCAAGUUAUACAUGACAACACGCCCACAACCACGCCCUACCCUGUGACACCAGCGACAGGUGUGAGGCUUAACUCAGCCGACUGUGGAGUCAGUCUGAACACACGCCUAUUGGGCGGCGACAAGGUGGAGCCAGGCCAAUAUCCGUGGUUUGUCCGAAUCGCGUAUCGCAAUCGCACCAACAAUCGCAUCAGCUAUCGCUGCUCUGGCUCUCUCAUUGCCAACAAUUACGUUCUUACCGCCGCCCAUUGUGUUGUUAACCUAGUGAGUGAUCUGGAAGUAUUUCAGGUGCGUAUAGGCGACGACAUCUCCAGCCCUCAGGAUUGCGCCCCGAAUACUGCGAACUGUUCUAAACCGAAUAUAUUCAACAUUAUACGCGUGCUGGUGCAUCCCAACUACGACCAGCCGAAGUACGCGAACGAUAUAGCACUGCUCGGGCUCAGCAACAGUAUAAGUAAAUUCACACCAAUAUGUUUACCUUUGAAUAGCACGGCAGCGCUUGCGGAUAAAAUUAUUGGGCAAAUGGGUGUUGUGGCCGGGUGGAGCACAAAAGCGGAGACUAACAGUUCAAACAGUUCCGGUAGCUCACCUACGGUGCGAUUCAUCCGGUUGCCCAUUGUGAACACGACCAGCUGUGCGAUUACCUAUGCGACGCUUAGCGAGAACUUCCAGCAGCCGAUUGUCAUUACGCCGAACCACCUGUGCGCCCAGGGCCAGCCCAUGAAGGAUGUGUGUCGCGGCGACAGUGGGGGUCCCUUCAUGGACGACGGCACCUCCGGCAUCCUCAAUGCCAACGGACGUUACACGCUGCUCGGAAUUGUGGCCUUUGGGCCAACCCUUUGCGGCGUGACAACAAUUCCAGGCGUUUACACGGCUGUCAGCUCCUAUAUAAACUGGAUCUUUGACAGCAUCAAUAUGCAAAAUACAUGAACGGAAGAUUUGCGAGAGACAUGACUUUUUCCAAAGUUCUUUCAACGCCAAAGCCGAAACUCUGCGCACACACACGUAGAGUUCACCGUUGUGUAUUAUUCCUAUACAAUAUAAAUACUAUAAAUAAACAUAAAGAUAAAUAAAAAGGAGAGUGCUUCAGCCGAGGCUGCUC